AUGUCCAACCUGCCCUACCCAUGGUUGUGGAAUCUGCUCUUCUUCAUCAUGCUCGCCUUCCUCGGGUUGUCGACGGCUGUCGUUGACACGCUGACCAUCAUCACGUGCAUCGUCGACUCAUCGGAAAGCUUCCGCCGCUACGCCACUCACAUCACCGGAGCCGUCUGUCUGGCUCUCUUCCUCGGCUCUGUCACUCAGUGCACUAAUGCGGGCAUCUACAUGGUGCAGUUGAUGGACGACUGCAAUGGCGGGAUCGCUCUCGGUGUCGGCAUUCUCCUCGAAUUCCUCCUCAUCGCCCACUACUACGACAUUGCCGAGGCGCUCGGCUCGUUCAGCACCAACCCGUUGGAGGCGCCGGGAUGGGGCCGAAUGCGCCACGACCUGCAGGCCGCCUUCGGCCCACCGCGUAACAUGCUCACCACGUUCGUCGGCAAGUCGGGCUACCUGUUCUGGGCCCUGUGGAAGGUGACGCCGCUGAUGGGGGGUGCCGUGCUGCUCUACGAGAUGUCGACACCGCCCAGCCUUGCCUACAAAGACUACGAGUUCCCGGCGCUGGCCAACUGGCUGGGCUACUUGUACGGCAACCUGACCCUGCUCGUCGUCAUCGGCUUCUUCGUGUUCAACGUCGUGCGGAUGGGGCCGAAGGCGUUCCGCGUCCACCCAACCCAUCCCUCGUACAUCAAGAUGUAUGGCGAUGAUGGAUCGUCGGCUGGUGAGACGUCGAGGGUGAUGGGAAGAGUGCAUGUCCCGCUCGCCGGACAUCCUGAAGACGGCACACAUCCGGCACCUGCCCAAGGAGGGGAGGUCCCACCCAGCCCGGCCGCCACCCCCGCGACGGCC